AGUCGAUAGGGGACCGGAAGUGGCCUUAACGCGACCGGAAGUGGCGGAGGGAGUUAGGGCUGUGCUAAUGCUAACGGUUACAUCGAUGGGGGCUGCGCUAACACCCAACUAAUUUUAUAGACUAUUCCAUUAAACGGCAAAGCAGAACACCCCACCCUCCCCCAAAAAAAGCCAAGCGGACACGGAGAUCCCCCGCGAGUAGCAGCCAUGACGAGUUGCCUGGCUUUUAACACACAGCUCGCCUCCAUCAUGGAGGUGCUGGCUAAUGCUGCCGUGGCGGAGAUCUGCAAACUGGUGGACGACGGCUACGCGGUGCUGCAGUUGGAGAUCUCUCGGAGCCAGAAGGAGAACGAAGCCCUGAAGAGGAGGGUACAGAUGCUGGAGAGCGGGAGGAUGCGGGAGGCCGAGCAGAGGCCGGCCGUGAGAGAGAGGAGGACGCGCCGAAGCGCCGGCUUUCGGAUGGGCGACGAGCAGGGCGGAGAUGCUGCUGGAGAGAGCCGGUUCUCGAGCAUCGACAAACCCUUCAGUGCAGAUGUGGAUGCUGGUCUGUGGAGGGACAGGGAGGACUCCUCUGAUGAGGUUCAUGUGUCUUUAUCAAGCUGCAAAGAGCAGAGUAGUAACUUUGUUCCUCGGCAACAUGCGGAAAACCUAGAAGAGGAAAAACCAAAAUCAGUAUGCAUUAAGGUGGAGUGCCUCGAAGAUGAUCUGGAGAAUGGAGACCAAGAGGGCGAGCUGAAGAUCAUUGGGGACAGCAGGAUGGAGGUGUCUGACAAUAACAAAAACAUUCCCAGCAUUUUGACAAAAGCUGUAGCUACCAGAGGCAGGGAUGAACCAACUAAGCACAGCAGGAACAGAAAUGAUGUCUUGAAGGCUAAUAACAGCCUCCUCAAGGAAGAACCAGCAAACGAGACCAACAGCCAGCGAACAGGAUCUACGCAGGAGGCCGGAAAAAUGAACGAUCUGGAUUAUAUCAUGUAUGAGAGCAGCAGUGAGUUGCAGACCUUCAGUUCCCACAGUAAUACAGAGGAGGAGGCCGGCGGCCCAGCCUGCAAUUUCGAGUCUGAGGACCUGGUAGUUUGUUCUGAAUCUCAGCCAGCAAGUGCUCCAGGGAGGGGUGAUGCGUUUUCUGAAUGGGACAAAGUGGCCAUGAUGGGAGUGGGGCACACGCAGCAUAGCUAUUACAGGGAAGAUGGUCUACGAGACGAGUUUCCCCUAGGAGAGAUGGGCAUGUUUACCCCAAACAUCCAGAUGACCGUGGGAGAGGACAUGGCGUCCAAACCCAACAUGCCUCCCAUCAACGGAUGGGUCACUGGGGACGACCGUCUUGUCAAAUCGAAAGGCGUCAAGAGCCAUCGGCGAGUUGGCACCAGAGGCAAGCUGUUCAUCUGCACCUACUGCGGGAAAGGUCUGGCCUGCCUGAAGAACCUGAAGACACAUCAGAGGGUCCACACGGGGGAGAAACCCUUCAGCUGUGCCCAGUGCGGCAAGCGCUUUGCCGACUCGAGCAAUUUUAAACGGCACCAGAGCGUCCACACGGGGGAGAGGCGCUACUCCUGCACCUACUGUGGGAAGCGCUUCGGCCAGUCGGGCUCGCUCAAGGUCCACCUGAGGGCGCACACGGGACAGAAGCAGUUCAUCUGCUCACAGUGUGGCAAGACCUUCAUCUCCUCCAGUCACCUCAAGAGACACCUGAGUGUUCACGUCGGUGAGUCUGUGCACUAGCCUAGUGUUUGGGGCGACUCUCCAGUCUGACUUCUUAAACGUUGUCGUUCCCAUUGAAAGGAAAACGAUGUCUGCAUCACCUAUCGAAGGAUCGUCCAGUAAUCCUGUCCCGCCGAAUACCUGAUAAAUGUUUCCAUAUUAUACUGAACAAUAAAUAUAUAUAUAUAUAUAUAUAGAAGUACAUUUUUGAUAGAAUUUCUAAGCUACUGAACAUUAGUAUCUGCGUGUAUAAAUAAUGUUUGUAAAGUUUCAGUCUGUUUAUCCAAGCCGAGACUUAAUGGAAACCAUUAAUGUUUGAAAUUCCGCAUCUGUUGUAUGGAAGAUCUGUUUGGUUUGGUUUGUUUUCCAGCCUGUCCUGUUGGUACUGGACAGCUUUUCUGUUCACGCUGUUUACAUCAAUACAGUGUGUAGUGAAUCAUCCAAUGUCUUGGCUUAGUUUUAACUUCAAGUCUUUUUUUUUUUGGCUGAGAUAUUACCGCGAACAAUAUUUUUUUACAAGAUGGUGGAUGCUUAAGACCGCUAAAAGCAGGGAUUGAGAAGCUACGCCAGACGGGAUCUGCUGGUGUACUGAAUCAGUUCAAGUACGAUACGCGCCGUUUUCAUUGGAUGAAAUUGUGUGUGUUUCUGACCGACCAAUACGUGUUGAAUACACACAGUGUCCUUAAGAAAGUAGCAUUCCCAUUCUGCAGUUACAUUUCAGACGUUUCCUUGACCGGAUUUGCAGUGUCCUUUUAUUUAAAUUAAUUUAUCACUGAGACACAUUUCUGAGAGCUCGCUUUCAUUCGAUUAUCCAUGCCUAUGAAUUAGUCAUUUAGGUUAUCGUCUAUAGUUAAUGUAGGCCUUUUAUUUAUUUUGUUUAUAAGUGUAUUUUUUUUGGGGGGGGGAAUACACACAUUGUGAACAGAGUUGUACCAAGAGAGGCAUAGAAAAAUUGCCACUCUGACGCUGGGUUUUAAUAAAACAUCAAGAGAAGGA